CGUACGGCGAGUGCUCGAUCGGAGCGUGACAGACGUCGCUUGGCACUUGUAACAUCCACGUGCAUUUAAGCUGAUAAACUGAUCUUGACAGUGAAAAAAUAUUUAUUAUUCGUGAUUAUUCAAUUCAUGCGGAAAAUUUAAGAUAAAAAAUUCAUAUUUGGUGUUUCAUAUUACAGUUUAUCAAAAGUUAUUGUUGUUGUGAUAUCGUGUGUUGUAACAUUGGUGAACAAUGACAAGACAAUCAAAAUUGUCGGAAGGUUGAAAAAUAUAUUUUUUACACACUUGGGUUUAAAAGUCUUGUGGAUGAUGCUGCUAAGAUUCAUAACGAAAAAAUUAAUUUACUAUGGUGACAAUAAUGCUGUUUAUAAAACAGCUAUUGUCGUAUUUUUAUUUAGUUACAUAAUUCGAAUUGAGGGAAGAAAUUUCCAUGGAACGGAAAUCAGAGAUAAUAAACCUCAAGAACAAUUUGGAUACUCGAGAUUGAGAAGUUCACAUGAUAAAUCGUAUCCUGUUUUGAGAAAACGUCUUAGUAUUGAUAGAUUUUUUGAUGAAAGUGGUGAUACUUAUAGUAAUAAUAAUGAUAAUAAUAAUAAUAAUAAUAAAAGUAAUAAUGUUAAUAAUGCUAAAGAAGUUUUUAGAAAUAGAAGGAUUGAGAAGAAAGAAAUCAGAAAUGCAUCAAGAAAUAAUAAUAUAUAUGAAAGAUUCUCCGCGUUAAAAAAUAGUAAAGAAGCACAAAAUAAAAUGAUUAAUGACGAAUUCACGGAUGUCGAAUUGGGAAAUUUGGAAGAUUUUAAUGACGAUGAUAAGAGAAACAAAAAUGAAAUUGAAAAAUUUUUGGACGAAUUGAAGGAUACGGGGGGUAGCAGCGAAGCUGAAGAACAAGUUAAUGGUAAUAGUGGUCGUCGUGGGAGGAAAAGAAAAUUAAGUAGCCAUGAACAAGGGAUGUUACUUGUUGAGACUUUGAAGAAGAAGAAAAAUUAUACAAGUUAUGAAGACCAUCGGGGACACGCAGCAAAUCUUAACAGUGGAAUAAUGGACAUGCUCGGAAGAAUGAUUCCCCAAACGUGCAAAUAUAAGGGCGCCAAAUUCGAAUGUGGGUUGAGUAUCAGCUGCGUAUUGAGUGGUGGAAGGCCUGUUGAUUUGUGUUCAGGUGGUUUGAUUUGGAGCUGCUGCAUUGAUGAUGAUGAUAUUCCGGAAAAGGAACCUUCACGACCUAUAGCUGGAAUACUUCAAAAUGCCAGCUGCGGUGAGCUCUACACGAGAAGUAACAGGAUCGUAGGUGGACACAGCUCAAGCUUCGGCAGUCAUCCAUGGCAGGCUGCUAUUAUAAAGUCUGGAUUUUUAUCAAAAAAAUUAUCAUGUGGUGGAGCGUUAUUAAAUAAUCGUUGGGUCGUAACUGCUGCUCACUGCGUUGCUACAACACCAAAUAAUAAUCUAAAAGUAAGAUUAGGUGAAUGGGACGUAAGAGACGGAAGUGAAAAGCAAUUGCACGAAGAGUACAAUAUAGAAAGAAAAGAGGUUCACCCUCAAUAUUCGCCGACAGAUUUUCGGAAUGAUGUUGCUCUAGUGAAGCUUUCGCGGGCUGUUGCUUUUAAACAACACAUUAUUCCUGUUUGUUUGCCCGCGAGAAAUCUAAAACUCUCAGGACGAACUGCAACCGUUGCCGGUUGGGGGAGAACUCGACAUGGUCAGAGUUCAUCUCCAAAUGUAUUGCAAGAAGUCGACGUGGAAGUUAUUCCAAAUGAACGAUGUCAGAGGUGGUUUAGAGCUGCUGGACGAAGGGAAACAAUUCAUGACGUUUUUCUGUGCGCUGGUUACAAAGAAGGCGGCAGGGAUUCUUGUCAAGGCGACUCAGGUGGUCCUUUAACGAUGUCCGUUGAAGGAAGACAUGUUUUAAUAGGUCUAGUAUCCUGGGGAAUUGGAUGUGGUCGUGAACAUUUACCAGGUGUUUAUACAAAUAUACAAAAAUUUGUACCGUGGAUUGACAAAGUGAUGAGUUGAGAUGUUGCUAUUGUAGACAGAAUUAUUUAAAUAAUUAUUCUUUAUUUAUUAAUUGUCUUAAUCACUAUCGCCAGCCAAUUUACCAAAGUCUCACCUCGUUUUUCUGAUCAUAAGAUAUUUUGUCUUGUAGAUAUAUUUAUACUGUACAAUUUAUAAUUAUUAUCACAUUCAUGCACAGAAAAAAGAAGUUAACUUUGAUCAAGAAUUUUUUUUCUAAAAAUUUCAAUUCUUGUUUGAGGUCAUUCUUUUUCUUUUUUAAUUCAAAAAAAUUUUUACUUGCAUUAAAAGCGAAAAAAUUAUUCAUUUAAGAAUUCUACACUGAUAGAAAAACUAUCUUGAUUCAAGAAAAAUUUUUUCAUAAAAAUGUGGUUCUUGUUUCAAAAUUUUUAAUUCAAGAAAUAAGACUAAACCAAAAAAUUUAAAUUCUCGGAUAGAGAAAAAAAAUUCAUCGUUUGAGAAUUUUAUUCUUCGCUCAAGCCUUUUUUUUUUUCAAACAAAAUUCUGACAUAUUUCGCUUAAGAAUUUCUUGCUCUUGGAUUAAGAUACACAAAAUGUAGGUUUAAGUCACUACUGACUUAUUUUGAGAAUGGCGCGAUUUUUAAAUCAAGAUAUCAAUUUACUCAGCUUGAAAAAAAACUUUUUUUUUAUUUUAAAUAUAAAAAAUUUGAAAGUGAUUUUUUAGGACUACGUGCAUUUACUUCAGAUAUGUUAAAGUAGAAAUUUAUUUUAAAAAAAAAUUUUUUUUUUUUCAUCACUUUAAAAACAUCUUCCAUCAAGGAAUUAUUACUUGAACCAAAAAUUUAAAGUUCUUAAAAUAAUAAUAGGACAUUUUUAGUUGAAGACAAGUGGUCUUGCUUAAAAAAUUCAAUAGUAUCGAUAGAAGAUAAUAUAGUUUUGGGUCAAGACAUGAGAGUUAUCCAUCAAAGAUACAAAAUCUUUGGAGCCAAGAAAAUCUAAAUCAAGACAAGAAUUUCUUGAAGCAAGACAAUUGCUUUUCUUCAGAAAUAAAUUCUUGGCUCAAGAAAAUAUUUCUUGAGUCAAUAUAAAAUUUCUACCAGUGUAAUCUCAAUUAAAGAAAAUUUAUUCUUUGAUCAAAAAUAUCAAUUUAAAAAAAAAAUAAUUCUUGAAUUUAAAAAUUGUUUUCAAUUCUCGUGAUUUUCAGUCGAGAAAAAUCUUCUUGAUUC